GAAGUGUGUGUGGACUGGGUCUCCUUGUCAUUUGGCUUCAGUAGAUUGUGCCGUGGAGAGGAAAAGGACAGCAGCGGCAGCGUAGCGAAGGGAGCAAGCAGAGCGCUGGUGAAAAAAAACAAACAAAAAAAACCACAACCGAUUAUUUAACAAUGAAAAGGACGCAUGAACGCAUUGCAGUUCACCAGUAACUAAACUAGUCUCUUUAUAUUGAAGUCAAUGACGUAGAAUCGUCUAAGCAAGUGAUUUAAAGGUUAGCAGCUGGCUAAAGCGAGACAGGGCUGUGUCAUUGAGAAGGCAGGACACGUCAAGACGAGGAACGGAGAAAAAAAUAGACACUCCUGUCAGAUUAAAGUAACGUAACCGAUCACCAAGUUUAUUCGAGCUUCUGCGUUGUUAGUUUGCGUUGUGAUAUAUCUGGAUCGAGUGUCUGUCCUCAGUCAUCGCUGGGAUCAGCCACUAAGGGCUUAGGAAGCAAGAACAACUGUGUCGGAGCCAGGUUGAACUGGAGAACAUAAAUGGGGGAUUACGGGUUUGGAGUCUUAGUGCAGAACAACACUGGCAACAAGUCUGCUUUCCCAGUACGAAUCCACCCUCACCUGCAAGCGCCACACCACCACCAGAAUGCGACCGCCAGCCCCGCCGCUUUCAUAAACAGCACCCCUGCUGGAAAUGGUAGCAGCAGCAGCGGUUCGACCUGGCUGUUCCCGGCGGCCGGCGCUCACAGCAACCUGCAAGAUGACAUCCUCGGCUCAGAGAAGCCCAAAGCCCAGCAGCAGGAGCUGCAAGAGACCCAAGAGAAGCAGCAGCAGCAGCAGCUCUCCCCCGUACACCAGGAGAGCGCCAUCAUCUCCGAGCUGGAAAAGGCUCGUGCUGAAGAGAGUAAAGUGGAGAGUGGGUCAUCCGAUGGGACCAACGGCAAGGAGAAGCUGCGUUUAGAGUCCCCCGUGCUGACGCCCUUUGACUAUCAGGAGCCCUCGGGACUAGGCACAGCUGCCCAGUCCAGCACCUCCUCCUCCUCCCUGACCAGCUUCAACAACUGGUCGGCUGCUAUCCCCGCCACCCCCUCCACCAUCAUCAAUGAGGACAUCAGCUUCUUCAACCCGGCCGCCUCAGCCAACAACGGCCCUCUGCUGUUCCAGAAUUUCUCCCACCACGUCAGCCCGGGGUUCGGGGGGAACUUCUCCCCUCAGAUCGGUCCCAUCUCCCAGCACCACCCACCUCACCCCCACUUCCAGCACCCUCACAGCCAGCACCAGCAGCAUCGUCGUUCUCCGGCCAGUCCCCAUCAGCCGCCGUUCCCCCACCGCAGCGCCCCCUUCGGCCAGCUGCCGCAUCUCUCCAACAACAUGAGCAAGCCUCCCUCACCUUGGGGCAGCUACCAGAGCACCUCACCCUCUCCUUCUUCCACUUCGUGGAGCCCAGGUGGGGGUUACGGUGGUUGGGGUGGCUCCCAGGGCCGUGAGUACCGCCGUGGCUUGAAUGGUGGCAUGACACCUCUCAACUCCAUCUCACCUCUGAAGAAGACCUUCCCCAACAACCACAUGCCCCAGCAGAAGUACUCCCGCACCAGCCCCGGAUUCAACCCCAAGUCCUGGAUGGAUGACAGCAGGAGCGAGAACAUCUUCCCUUUCCAGGAUCGUCCCCGUUCAUUCGAUGGCUUCAACAUGCAUUCUCUGGAGAACUCUUUGAUUGACAUCAUGAGGGCUGAGCAAGACACUCUCAAAGGUCGCCUCGGAUUCACCCACACAGGAGGAGACAGCCCCUUGCCCAUAAAUGGACAUUCAUCCCUGUUCCCGAUGGAAGAUGGCUUCCCAGACGAGGAGAGAGGCGAUCAGAGCCUGCCAGGCCUGGGUUCCCCCCACUGCUUCCCUCACCAGAACGGAGAGAGGGUGGAGCGCUAUUCUCGCAAAGUCUUUGUGGGUGGCCUCCCCCCUGAUAUAGACGAAGAUGAGAUAACCGCUAGUUUUCGCCGUUUUGGGCACCUGUUUGUGGAUUGGCCUCACAAAGCAGAGAGCAAGUCAUACUUCCCCCCGAAAGGAUACGCUUUCCUCUUGUUUCAAGAUGAGAGCUCUGUUCAAGCCCUUAUCGAUGCCUGCAUCGAGGAGGAUGGAAAACUCUACUUGUGCGUUUCCAGCCCCACCAUUAAAGACAAACCUGUCCAGAUUCGCCCGUGGAAUCUUAAUGAUAGUGACUUUGUGAUGGAUGGAUCACAGCCCCUGGACCCGAGGAAGACCAUAUUUGUGGGUGGGGUGCCACGUCCGCUUCGUGCAGUGGAGCUGGCGAUGAUCAUGGACAGGCUGUAUGGAGGCGUGUGCUACGCAGGCAUUGACACAGACCCAGAGCUGAAGUACCCCAAGGGAGCAGGGCGGGUCGCCUUCUCUAAUCAGCAGAGCUACAUUGCUGCUAUCAGUGCUCGUUUUGUACAACUGCAGCAUGGAGAAAUCGAUAAACGGGUGGAAGUGAAGCCAUACGUCCUGGAUGACCAGCUGUGCGAUGAAUGUCAGGGGACUCGCUGCGGAGGGAAGUUCGCUCCUUUCUUCUGCGCCAAUGUGACCUGUCUCCAGUAUUACUGUGAAUACUGCUGGGCGGCCAUCCACUCACGCGCCGGCCGGGAGUUCCACAAGCCUCUGGUCAAGGAAGGAGGCGACAGACCUCGCCACAUCUCCUUCCGCUGGAACUAAAGCUGGUAGGCCAGGAGAAGAGCGAGAGAAAGAGAAGGCUAGGAGGAGUCGCAAAAUCAUCAUCUAAAUAAAUGCACUUUUCUGUUGCUGGUUCCUUUUUAGUUUAAUUUUAAAAAGACAGACAAAAAAUAUGAUUUUAAUUUGUCAUUUAAUAUAUUAAAAAAAAAAUAUGGAUAAAAAAAAAAAAGAUUCAGGAAGAAAAAGAAAUUGUCUAAUCCAUCUCUCUAUUUUUUUAUAACUCCAUUAUAUUUCAUUUUCACGUGCACAGAGAUGUGAAUAUAUUGAGUAUUAGUAUAAUUUGUCAGUAAGUAUCUGCAUGACUUUAGAAUUGGCUUUUUGUUAACAUUGCGAUUGGAAGUAUUAUGUCCUAUUUUAAUUGAAUUGGAAAGGCGAAGGAGCAAACAUGAAAAGAAGAGGUGCGGGAAGAGUGCACUUAUUUCUUUGCUACCCAGAGUGCAGAUGUGUGGUCUAAGAUCUCAGUUGUUAACCAAAGCUUGGUUAGUGAAUUCUCUCGACGCUGUUUCUUUUUCUUUUUUCUUUUUUUUUUGUAUACUUUGUAAUUUAAGACCAUGCUAAUCUUUAAUGUUUCUUGAUGACAACAACUGAUUCCACAACAGCUGUCUGGAUUUGAUCUCCAUUGUGACAUGCAAGAAAACUAAUACCUCAAGCUUAGCUGCUAGUUUAAGUCGAAUAUAUAUAUUUAAAAAAACAAAAACAAAACGAAAAAAAAAUAUCAAGCUGGUCUCACCCUUUCCCCCAGGACCACAGAAAAAGGAAAUGACAUCAGCAAAAGGCACAUUGAGAAAAUCUGCUCUGUCACUUCCUGAUUUGAAUUCUCGAUUCAGCAUCCUAGUGGGGAAUGUACAGCAUGUUGGUAAAGUUGCAGUAGUCUGCCUGCAAGCUGGUUCAAAUGCAAGGAACUCGAUUUUGUUUCUGGCCCAGCUUAGCAAGAAGCAGCCGUCGUUCUCUCAGGCUGUUAGCGGCAAGCCUUCGUUUUCAUUUUUAACUCGCGAAAUGUGUCUCCUAAGCCUUUCCCCAGCCCCCAGAAGCCUAAAACCCUGAAAAGAGGUGUACGUACAAGCAGAACAGCAGUCAAAGCUACUUAGAAGGGAGGACGAAUGAUCAAACAAUGUACCUCCUGUCCUGCAGCAGCCUGAGUGUGAAGUAUAACUGAAGGUAGUCCAUGCAUCUCUCCGCUCACUUGGCCCCUUUCCCCGACGCUCACCUGAAACAUAAGAGGUUUUACUUUCAGACAUUAGGGAACCAAAGAUGGCUGUGUAUUAGCUAGCGAAUCCAUGAACAUUUCCUUUCUUUUGCCCUGCAGAUUUCAUUUUGGCUGAUUAUUUCUGCCCCCGACCCGACCCAGUCCCCAUCCCGUUCAAUAUAAAGACCAGAUGGGCUCCAGCAAACCAAAGAUUGGCCUCGAAUCGAUCAGCAUGCAGUUAAAGUCCUAGUAACACUAGUGAAAACCACUGAACCUUUUUCGCAAGUCUACACGCUUUCCAAAGGUCAACCGAACGUGUCGCACGGUCAGGAGUUUAUGCCAGGCAUCAGGAUUUCCAAUUCGGUAGAUUUACGGCAUUUAAAUCGACUAGCGCAAAAACGUCAGGGAGUAAGUGAUCAAUUAAGACUUGAUGCACUAGUGAGAAAUUUAUCCUCGUGUCGGCUUGGCGGCGUUCCCCGCCGUCACUUGAACUGGUGGUUGAACAUUUUCGAAGUUAAACACUUUUUGAAGAAUUUGCUGUUAAAGAUGAUUAUUUUAUACAUGGCCUGCUGAUUUUUGGUACAGUGUUUUCUAGCUAAAUUAUUUUGUCAUGCACAUAUAAACAUUUAUUAUGCACUACUUUUCUAAAUCCUUUUUUUUUUUUUCAACAGUCAUUUUAGGCACAUUUUUCACAAAAUGGAAAAAAAAAACCUCCUUUUUGCAAUACCUCAAUUUUUCACAUUGUGAAAGGUAGCUUUUGUACUUUUGUUACUGAGAGAUCUGCAUAUAUGGAAAUUUUCAGUUUAAGAGAAAAAAAGUUGAGUGAAUUUAAUAUAUAUUAUUUUCAAUUAUGCUUUUUAUACAUUUCAGUGCUGAGGAAUCUUUACAACUAAGCACGCACUUGUGUUGACGCGACAAAUCUGCAGAGGAGAGAUCAGAGUGUAUAUCUCUUAAGUUCUUGGCUCUUGUACACUAGAUUUUAAUGGCAACCCUAGAUUCGGAAAUGAUCUGACAGCAGCAUGGUAAGAACAAGUUGUCGUUCAUGUUAAUAUUACGCAAAAUGGCUAAAAGAGAACCUCUCCAUAGCUGGAAUAUAAACUUAUAAUAUAAGGAGAAUGCUAAAUCUGGUUCAUGUUUAGGCUGAUCCUCGUAUCACAAGAAUGGAUGUUUGAUGUUUAGAUAUUUUAACAUUUGAAAAUAUAUAUUCUUGAACUGCCAACUAGUUCCUAUUGUAAUCCUUAGCAUGCAUGAUGAGAGAAAAAAAAAAAGACGUACAUGAAUUAGCUAUUGAAAUUAAUUGUUGUGGUUGUGCACCAGAUGUUUCUAAACCUUUCGUUUAAGGCCACCCCACACCCAUGUUAUUCUCUAUGCCUUCCCCAUAAUCCAGUAUCGAUAGGAUGCGCGCACACACUUACACAUACACACACACACACACACACACACGUGAAAAGAGUACUCUAAAUGUCAUUGGAUGAAUUUGCAGUGCAGGACGAAAGCAUCUUCUUUAGUACGCUGUUGAAAAGACUUGAGAACUUCAUCCCCACUGUCUGUUUGAAGUAAAUCAAAACCCGUUUGGAGGAAGGGGAACUUAAGACUUGAAUGUGGUAAAUGUUGCAAGUUAACUCGGAGUUGUUAUGUGCAAUACUUUUUUUGAACUUUUUCCAGAUAAAGACUCUUUGCAAUGUAAUUCUUUAAUGCCAUUUUUAAUUGCCGACAUUUAAAGAAGAUGUUAAUAUGUUUUUCACAGUCAUUUUCUACUGUUAUUGUAAUCCUUUUCAUGCUGGUGUUUGUAAAAAAGAAAAGAAAUCAAACUAUUUGUACUAAUAUAAAUAAUUGAAGUUAUUUUUAAAACAUUAAAGGUUUUGUGCUCAUUUGCUUAUUUUGUUAAUUUCAAGCUACUGUGAUUGAUUGCAUUGUAAUUAUUAGGUCAACAAUGUAUUUAGCUGUUUAUUGGUAUAUUUUUAAUUGGAAUGUAUAAUUAAUUUUUAUAAUUUUGAUCAGAUUUUUGUUAUAUUUUUGAGGUGAAGCUUUUAAUAUGUUAAAGUGUCUAGUUUUUACUAAUUGCUAUAUUGUGCUCCACAAAAUAUGGUUCACAUUUUCUGAAGGAAAAUAAAUAUUUAAAUAUCUGUCUGUUAACGAUGUUACUUAAUGGCAAAAUUUCAAUAGUUUUUAACUGUGUAUGGGAAGGUUGUUGUAUUUAUUAAUAGCAUUUUUUUACUUAAGAUAUCACCUUAAUUUUUAUUGUCAUUUCACUUUAUAAGUUCCUAUUUUUGUAUUUUUCUUUCUAAUUAAGUUAUGUUAUACGAAAUGUCCAUAUUCUAGGAGUUGGUCUGUAAGUGCUAGUGAAACAAAAGAAAAAUCUAAUGUUAUUUAAUUGUUUGCAGCCAACUAUUUAUAACAAUAUGCAUAAUUUUUAAAUAUUUGUAAUGUGAAAUGUUGAAUGAAUAAAACUUAACUGUGACAAGA